AUUUAAUAUGAGUGAUUUACACGUGUAAAUACUCGAAUUAUUAACAAGCCAUUAAUGAACAAUUUUAUUAUUAUUUAUCGUUCAUGUUAAUGCGCACUGCAAGAUAGCGAAUUGUAUAAAUACGUGGUGAUAACUCUGAUUAAUCAUUACCAAGAACUUCUUCAGUGUGAACGAUACUUUAAAGAUGCGUAUAUUGGCAGUAAUUGCUGCAUUUUACUUGGCAGCUUGCACUGCGGAAAAAGGGAAGAUAGUCUGCUACUGGGGUAGCUGGUCAGUUUACCGGCCGGACAGUGGAAAAUUCGAGAUAGAAAACAUAGACCCUUACCUUUGCACACAUUUGAUCUACACCUUCGUUGGAUUAGAAGGCAGUGAUGUAAAAAUUCUGGACCCGUGGCAAGACACUCCUAAUGACAACGGUAAAGACGGGUUCGGAAGGUUCAACAAGCUCAAGCUCAAGAACUCUGCCUUGAAAACUCUGAUAGCAAUCGGCGGGUGGAAUGAAAGAUCCACCGAGUAUUCGCAAAUGGCAAGCGAUCCUGGAUCCAGAGAACGCUUCGCUGAUAACGCAGUCGCGUUUGUCAAGAAGUGGGGCUUCGAUGGGCUCGACCUGGACUGGGAGUACCCAGCCCAGCGAGGUGGCUCGCCGAGCGACGUUAAAAACUUCGUCGAGCUUGUUAAAGUCCUAGGGAAGAAAUUACACAGUCAAGGGUUGUUACUUUCUGCUGCUGUUGCUGCUGCGGAAUCUUCAGCUUCGAAAUCUUAUGAUAUUGCUGAGAUUAGUAAAUACCUGGACUUUAUUAAUUUGAUGGCCUAUGAUUUUCAUGGGUCCUGGGAACCUAUAACGGGACUCAAUGCACCUUUACAUGCCGCUUCUACUGAUUCUUAUGAUGCACAGGGAAUGAAUUCUGAAGCAGCAGUAAAAUACUGGUUAUCCAAAGGCGCUCCAAAAAAGAAACUAAUCCUUGGAGUUCCAACUUACGGUCGCGCAUUUACUCUCUCAAACCCCAGGGAGAACGGAAUCGGCGCCGCUUCUUCAGGGCCUGGAACCGCUGGACCCUACACUCAGGAGGCAGGAAUACUGGGCUACAAUGAAAUCUGUGAGAUGCAUAAAGAAAAUGGCUGGAAGGUCAACUAUGACCCUGAAAGAAAAGCCCCCUGGGCCCACAAAGAGAACCAGUGGGUCGGAUUCGACAACAAAGAGUCGAUAAAAGCCAAGGCUCAGUUUGCCAAAAAAAUGGGCCUAGGUGGCGCCAUGGUCUGGAGUAUCGAGACUGACGACUUCCGCGGAACCUGUGGAGAAAAAUAUCCACUAAUUAAAACUCUCCGUGUUGUUCUGCGUGGAGGUCAAAAAAAUACCAAGGGAACUUCUGCAAGAGCUACGGUUCCAAACGGUUCAACAAGAACUACUGUUUCAGGUGAUUUCACAAGAACUACAGUUCCAAAUGGUUCCACAGAAACAACCGUUCCUGAAACCAAUGUUCCAGGAACUGAAAACACAGAAGACGACACCUGGACUCCUGAAAAUGGACCUCCAAUGACUCCUUCACCGGUUCCCAGUGGCCAGUGCAAGGAAUUAGGUGUGGUAAAAGAUCCAAAAUCUUGCGGAUUUAUCAAGUGCGCCUUAAAUAACCGAGGAGGGUACUAUGAGUACCCAAUGCCAUGUCCAGCAACUCUCUGCUUCGAUCCUGAACUCAAGGUUUGCAACUGGAAAGAAUAAAACAGAAAAAAAAAAUUAUUAUGAACUUGAAAUUAAACGCUAUUUAUUUAAUUUAAUAGUUGACGUAGUAGCUCUGUAAACCUUGAAAAUAUAAUUUAUCUUAUCA